AGCAGACAACGUGGUUCUCCUGCCUAUGAGCGAAAUGAAUACGCAUACACUCCCCCCUCUUCUUCCGGCUUCGGAGCCUGGUAGGGCUGCUGUGGCUUCCACACUUCCCCUUCCCACUCGUCGAGCAGCGGCAGAUGACACGUGCACACCGCAGCGGAAAGCAUACAUGGCUGUAAACCAUCUCUCCACUUCCCGUGCUGUGGCGGAGGCGCAGACGCACAGUGCUAUUGGUAAUGCCGCUGCUGACGAGGGAGAGGUACGAGCAGAAACACAGAGUAAUGAGUCAACAUCCCCGCAGUCAUGUGAGAUGAACAACGCAGACAGUUCACCGCGUGCGGCUACGGUGCUUCAGGCAAAACUCCAAUAUGCGUUGUGGCUGGAUCAGCUGACGUCCUGCGUACACGCCGAGAGCUGCGCCCGCGCCGGGCUGCGCUGCGUCGAAGCCGAGACCCGCGAAGCGCUCUGGUUGACCCAUCAACAUGCAAGGACGACCGUCGCCAUUCGAGAAGAAUACGCCCAGCGUUCCCGCGAGCUGCUGGGGGCGCGAACAGCGUUGCAACGCGCGUUCCAACACAACCCCUCUGCUAACGUGAUCAAGCGUGAGGAGCGCAGAGCCCGUCAUGCCAUCAAGCUCGACGCAAUGAGUUCUUUUCAAUUAUUGUGUGUUGCGGAAAGCACAGAUCACAUGCGGCUCUCUGCGCGUCAACUGGUUGCGGAGCGGAAGGACGCAACGAGCCUGAAAAAGACAGCACAGUCGGUGCGUGCGCUCGAGUUGGAGCUGGCGUCGCGGUCUUACUAUGCUAUACCCGCUUUUCAUUCGUCCUUGCAUGACCUUACUCUCAUUGCUGAGGGACGCUCUCCGCACGACGCACCGGACGACACGCCCUUGGAAAGCUGGAGACGGCGAUACGGCAAGCAGCGCGAGGUCUCGUCUGCCCCCACCGCUGUGAAAACACAGCCGCCUCCGACAUGUGGGCCAUCCGACCAGAGCACCGUGAAAAUAGGAGAACUGUACGCUCGCCGCCAUCUCCGAUACGAUGAAGAGAAAGAGCGUCUUUUUCUUGAAUGGUGGAAAGGCGUGGGCGACAUCUGGUGUACGCAAGAAGCACCGGCGCGACAACAGCUUCGGCAGCUGCACGCCUUUGUGGCCUCUCCCGUCCGGAUGCAGGCCGUUGUGGUGCUCCAGCGGUGGUGGCGUAUGCUGCGCUUCCAUUUAUGGUCGCAGCACCGCCAGGAAAAGCUUGUGGCUUCGCUCGCGGCGUUGCCGCAUCGACACUCCACGGACCACUGUAGGCGACAUUUGCGUGCGUUGGAAACGGCGGUCGGCCUGGCAGGAAGAGACAAAGACGGUGGCAACUCAGACGCAGAUGUUGCGGGGCUUUUGGCAGGGCUGAUCACGGCGGCCACGCAUCCUCGUCGGUACAGGAGGGAGCUAGACUUAUACACGGACACCCUUCUGCGGAAGGUCCGUGCGUUCUGCACAGGCCUUGGCAUCGCGCCCGCGUCGCUGAUUUCAGUUACCGGUGCCAAAGAAGAAUGCUCUCUUCAAGAGGAUCCAGGCCAGCUAAGACUUUUGUCCCACGGGGCCCGGGAGCGCCGUAGGUUGUCCGGCGACAUGUGGCGACAACCGCGAUGGCCUCUGCACUCGAUGCUGCAAAGCAGGGACGUCAUCAGCCGUAAAAAUGAGCGUCACACCCGUGUGCAUCCUGCCACCGUUGAGAGUGUCGUGCACGGCGGACCUGCGGGGCUGGCGGAUUUGCACGUGGCGCAGCAGGCCAUGGCAGAGGAGGCGGCGAAGGCUUAUCAGCGCAUCACGCAUCAGGAAGAGCUUGAGCGUCGUGUGUGGACACUGUCGUUCUCGACACAAGACGCAUCUUUGCCUUCUUCCACGUCAGCUCAUUGUGCGAGGUCACCUGAAAACGAGACGUCUUCGCGUGCCGGAGAUGCGAUGCCAUCGUCAACUCCCGGUGCAUCAACGCACAUAGUGGAAGGCCCAAGUAGAAGUGCGCACACAGUGGUGAGUAGCGCUGCCAUUUCUUGUUCGACACCUUCUUUUUCUUCUUUCUCUGUUGACGCACGACCCGAAUCGGCAGAGGAGCGGCAAUGCGUACAGCGCGCAACGGAGGCCUUCCCCAUGUCCCAGCGCGAGUGCCGCGACAACGCGUGUGUGGCGAUGAGCAACCCGGCGAAGGAGACAAGUGCCGACCCUACGAGUGAGGCUGUUUGCCAAUACGGCGCCGCCUUCGACAAGGCUGCGGAAUCUGUAUGCACGGAGCAGUACACGACCGUGCAGCAGCGCUUCACCGCACUCAACGCAAGCACACUGAAUGCUAUACGGGCUUUCAUCGAAAACGCUCUUAACGAGAAGGCCGACAUGGCGGCAGAAGAGAGCGAGGCCCGACACUACUUGAUGUUUGGUCAGGAAAGCAACUGCUUCGUCUUACAGUAUCGCUUCACGAGUUUGGAAGGCGCGGAAAGGUCACUGCUGACCGAGGCGCAGGAGCGAGAGGCUGACAUCAUUUACGACUGCUUCAACGAACACCUCCGACUCCUUCAACUUGAAUAA